CUCCCCAAACCCCAAACCCCACACCCCACCCUACCGCCCCCGCCGCGCCGCCAUGGCCGCCGGCGGCCGGCCGUGGCGCGUGAUCCCGCGGCCCGUCCUCGAGACCGUCCUCCACAACCACGCAAUCCGCCCGCGCGUGCCGCAGCCGCUUCUAUUCCACGGGCCCCGCGGCGUCGGCAAGUCCACGCUCCUCCUGGACCGGCUCCUCCCCCGCUGGUCCGAGAACCCCCACGCCACCGCAUUCGUCGACUUCCUCCACCCCACGCCCACCUCUCCCGCCUCCCUCGCCGCGGCGCCGUGGUCCCUCCUCCCCGCCGACGCGGCGCCGCCCUCGCUGCCCGACCUCCGCCGCCGCCUCGAGUCGGCGCUCGAGGGCCUCGCCCGCGCCGCCGUCCUUCGAGGUGCCGUGGGGUCCAAGGAUGUGCUCGCCGCGCUCUCCCGCUUCCACGGCCUCAGCACGGCGCUCUCCCGCCUGGCCGGGGUGCCCGCCGCUCACUCCUCAGCCACCUCUGUGCCUGCUCGCCGCUCUUCGUCCACUUCUGUGCCGGCGCUCUGGUCGAGGGCCGUGCUCGCCGCGGUGCGCAGGUACGACACCGCGUUCUGCAUUGGUGAGGGUGAGGCGACCAACUGCUCCAUGGAGGAGAGGGCGUACAUGCAGGAGGCCAUGGCGGCCCUGAGGGUGGCCAAGGAGGUGCUCGGGCUGCAAGAGGGGUGGAGGAAGGAGGCAAUUAGGGAGAUGAAUAGAACCGGUCGGUUCUCGCGCUCAUUGGCCAAUUCUGCCACUGAUUGGCCAUGCCUGUUGCUGGAUGUUCUGUCCGGUGUGGCAGAGGAGGAUUUCUUCCAGCCGAAGCUGGUGCUAAACAAUGUCGAUGUUCUGAGGAAGGCAAUUUGCGAGGACGAGACGAUGGUGCCGGCAGCGAUGUACCAUGAUAGCUUUAUUUGGAGGGUGAUCGCGCUUGGUGCCAAUGAACAGUGCUUGCCGGUCAUUUUAUCAACUUCCGAUGGGUACUAUUCUUCUCAAGCAUUCGUUGAUUUUGGUUUCCCUAAUAUAUUUAUUUCUCGUGAGACAUUUGGUUGGACACCACAAGAAGCUAAGCUGCAUAUGGUUUCUGAAUUCUUCAGUGAACAGGAGUGGAAAGUUGUUGAUGAGGUUCUUGGACCAAACCCACGACAAUUAUCUGAGAUAUAUAUGCUGAAGCAAAAAGCGAAUAGACCAGAGGCUUUUCAUGACAGGAAUAUUGAGGAAAUUAUCGAUACAUACCUGGCACAUUUGCAAGUCUCCGUCGUGAAUCCAGCAAUGGAGACAGCAUUACAAAUGUUGCAGAAGUUUGCCUCAGAUGUCCGUGAGGGCAAAGUACCAGAGAACAGAUUGUCUCAUGGUGCACCUUGGAGACAUCCACCUCGGGACGACAAUCCUGGCUUGUCCUAUAAGUGGGCAAAGAUUCAGCUAAUGGAUUUUGUCCAGUCCUUUGUAAACACUGAGUUUGGGGUGAACUACCUAGCAGAUGACAGCUUGGAAAUAUUGGAUGAUCCUGCUGCUGUUGCCAUGAUGGAGGUUGGUUUACUUUAUCAACAAAGAGAUCCAUCCUUUAUGCGACCAAUCACUCGUGGGAUUCAGCGUUGUCUUGCCAGAUGGCUUGCUCAACAGAGAUUACAGUUGAACAUUCAAGAAACAAUAGCAUUCCUUUGGCAACGUUUGGUACGGGGACGAAGCUACCGCCACUUAAUGAAAGAAGUUGGCUACAAGUAACGAGGUGCUUGUGAUGGACUGACUCUGACACUGACCAGACACAACUUUCAUAAGAAUGUUUCAAGCAUAUAUGAUUUUGAGUCCGUUCAUAUUCACAAGUGGGAAACCUCGGCAGUUGGCGCCAUUCUGGGUAGAUGUGGAAGGCUGGUUUUACAUUUUCUGCUGGUAACAAAAAGAAUCAACCAAGUGAUGGCAGCUGUUGUUUCAGUUGUUGACUCAAUUUGGUGUUUGGACUAGGGUAAUCACCCAAAGUGGCAACAGAAGUUGACUGGGGAGCACCCAUAUGUCUACAUUCUAUUAGAAUGUGGUGAUUCGACAUGUACGGUAAUUUUUGGGUCACGGAAUGCUUACAUCAUCUCUUUGGUAGUUCAUUGAGGUGACUACUGGAUUUCACCAAGAGUUCAUCCUUAUUGCUUCCCCAGUCAUUUUUCAAGUGGCAGGAAUGUACAUGUGGGCCAAUAAAUCUAGAUUUAUACAGGUGAAACUAAGCAGUAUGUACGCUUGCCGUUCAAGAAGACCUUAUUCUCAGGGGACUUGUUCGUCUGCCUGGGGGCUACGAGGACAUCUUUUUCAGAUGAGAUCGUGAUACCAUUUUAUUUUUUGCGCAGUGCAAGCUAACACUUACGAUCUUUAAUGUUCCUGAACAAAACUACUGUAAAAAGAAACACGGCAAGACGUAAAUGGGAGAGAUAUUUCUCUUA